AUGUACCUUACACCUCCCUCGACCUCGAACUCUCCAGUAUCGCAGUAUUCACAAUUUUUCGAAGCGGCUUCACCCAGUCCUGAUCCUUCUUGUUCUGCGAAUCGCUUGUCGUCUUGCUACGAGUCUCCCUUUCAGCAAGCCGUUUCUACUGGCGUUUCCCGAUCAGACUUGGAAUCGGAUCCAUAUUCCCAUCACACUCGCUGGUACUCAGUACAUCAAACUGAGCUUUUAUCACCGCCUCCCAUGGACCACGGUAGUACUGCCUGGGUAACCCCGGAUGGAUUGGUCGCGGGCACAAGUACAGCAUCUUCGAGUUCCGUAGAACCCGAUGCCCUGCAUGCUGACUUCAAUGCAUUUGCGGCAUACGACUCAUGUUUACCUGCACCGUACCAACCUCAUGAUGCUUAUAUGCCAGCGGGCCGCAACCCAUCAGUUCAUGAACCUUCACUACCUUCUACUAGCCAAUCUACGCGGGCGCCAACACUAGGAGCGAGGCCGUCAUAUGGGUACUUGCAGGACCCAGCAAGCUCAAGAUUCAGAGUAGAAGGUUCUGUCAGCACCUAUGGCCAGGGAUAUGAACCGCAACCAUAUUCGGCUCCAGGACCGCCAGCUACCACCUAUCAGACCGACGGAGCCGCCUUCACCUCGAACCUGCCCCCAAGCCUCAGCGCCAAUAGUUCAACAGCAUGGCCUAAGCAAGAAUAUGAAGUGACGCCAUUCUACCCUACCCCGCAGAGUCAACUCCCAGAUCUUGGCCAGGAGAGGAGGUUGUUGAAAACAGCAAAGGUCAAGAGACCCACCAGGAAACACACGUCAAAGGAGGAGGCCAACUUCCAGUGCGAAGUCAAGGGUUGCGGCAAGUUCUUCAGUCGCAGCUACAACUACAAAUCCCAUCUGGAAACCCACGAUGAGAAGCGCGAAUAUCCUUUCCCAUGUACUGUUGAUGGGUGCACCAAGAAAUUUGUACGCAAAACAGAUCUCCAACGCCAUCACCAGAGUGUACAUAUGAAGGAACGCAACCAUAAAUGCGAUUACUGUGGACGUCUCUUUGCUCGAAAAGAUACUUUGCGGAGGUAA